AUGGAGAAUCCCACUGAGUCCCUAGCCAACCCGGCGCAGGAAGCUGGGUCAGAACUAGAUAAAUACCCUUCUGGGUCUGCGCAGAAGAUGGACGGGCAGACUUCCAAAUCACCUAUUCCUGCGCCUGCCAAAGACCUAUCAAAACUCCCACAAGAAGAGGAAGAAGCUAUGAUCCGUUCUCUACGCUCAAAAUUCAAGAGUGCAGGUGACGGAGACCAGAGCGAAGAAUUGCAUAACCUCUUAAAUGCCUUAGAACUAGCAGAUGAGGAGCGAAGGAGUGGCAGCCCAAGUAUGCGUGGGUUAUCGUUAGUGCUAUCCCAGAUCGAUAUGCUAUGGAGGAGUAACUCUUGUUAUAUGGCUGAAGUAGCUGAAAUGUUGGCGGAUGCUAGUCGUGAUGCGAAUUGGAGACCUCACUUUGGCCAAAGCGGAAUAUUGGACUACUUCCUUCGCAUCAUAUCGACAGAUGAGGUCGAAGAGAACACCUUGCUACAUGCACUAAGAUUUAUUGGAAAUUCAUGCGCUGACACAGGUGGAGCAAGAGUGCUGGAAAUGAAUUAUACCCUACCCAUAAAACAAUGGAUCGCUCAUUUAAAUCUGGGUCAUGUUGCUAUACCAGUUAUUUAUAAUAUAUGCAUCGACUUUGUCCCUGCUCAGGUCCAGGUUGCUCAAAAUGGUAUUUCCAUAGUGCUCCUGAAACUUCUAGCCAGUGGGAAACUCAAGGGUAGUGCGCUAUUGGGAGUCACUUAUGAACUGUUGGAAAUGACAAGCCAAUACAUCGAUACGGCAUCUGAUAACUCAUUACCUCUUUUAAUACAUGCUACAUCGAACGUAGAGUCGCAUGGAGAAGGGUUCGCUUGCUUGGUGAACAGUUUAAAUGCAUACCUCCAAAAGGACAAGUUCCAGCGGCUGAGCAUUAUAAAUGGGCAUGUCGAAGAACUCCUUUCAAUUUUUAUGGACACUUUCAAAGGGGAUGACUCCGUCAUGAUACCCCUUCGGCUCAAGCUCAACCACUCCCUUGCUGAUAUCUCUGCCCUCCCCGCAUUCCCUCAAUACUACCCUUUGCGUUGCUCGGUAACCGAGACAUUGGUUUCAUGGUUAAAUAGUGACAAGGAUGACCUCAAGAUAUGCGCAUGCGUUAUACUCGGCAAUGUUGCUCGAGAUGAUGAAGUCUGUAAAUCAAUGCUACAUGACUUCAAGGUUCACCUGCCGCUGAUAUCUAUGCUGAAGCGCGAGGACGCGAAGGCGACCAUCCUCCACUGCUCUCUUGGGUUUCUAAAAAACUUAGCUAUAGCAGGAGAUAACCGCGAAUACCUGGGUGAAGCUGGUGUUAUCAAAGCUGUUUCUCGUUUAUGGGCCAUUGAAACUUUACCGCAUGCGCAGCUUAUGGCCACGAGCUUGACCCGCCAAACAAUAUUAACCUCAGUCACAAAUAUCGGCCGUUUACUGGAACCAAUCUCUUCCGACUCUGACUCACCUGCCAGCCGUCGUACCUAUCUCUCCUUACUCCUUGCUUUAUUCGGCAAGACAGACUCUUCCCCUAUUAAGACCGAAAUUGGGCGAACAGUAGCAGCCAUCUGCCGUACCCUCAUGCGACUAAAGGGAGAUUCUGAAUUGCCCUCCGAAACACGGGAACUGGUUACUCGAUUGUUUGCUCUGCAUCAGGAUGUUGCGCGCCCAAUAGGAAUAAUGAUCACCCAAACCGAAUGGCCCAUCGUUCAAAGCGAAGGUUGGUUUGCUCUUGCCCUGGUGGCAUCUCAUCCAGCUGGAUCUCGAGCGGUUAUCGACUGUCUGGAAAGCAUGUGCGUUAUCCAGAGCCUAUGUGAUACUGUACGCUCGUCAAUUUCACGACCGGAGCCAGGAGAGUCUGCCAAGGAUAAAACCGACCGUCUGAAGAAGACUAAGGACAGAGAUAAUGCCCUGUUCUUACUUCAUGGCCUAAUGAGGAAUAAUGCCUCGGCAUCUGAACUCCCUGAAUCUCUUCGUGACAUGUUUGAGGGCCUGUUGCGCGAGGCUGGCCACGAACCUCCUCGGGCAUGA